GACACACGGCAUGCAACGGCUACUGCGACGCUUGAACACCAUGCUUAUUGACAAUAGCCAGAUUAACGCUCUGGUCCUUGACUUCGAUGGCACCAUUACGAAGCAGGAUACCAUUUCCGUCUUAGCUUCUAUCGGGCAGGCUUUUCAGCGACGACAUCACCACAGCCUGAAGCAACCGUGGACUUCUGUUGUAGAAGCUUAUGGUCGGGAUUUCCAAGACUACACCUCAACCUACGUUCCCGCUCCUGUUGAUCGGACCACCCUGAGUGAGGAAUUGAAAUUUCUGCGAGGGCUUCGAGAUGUUGAAAGUGCUUCUUUUGGCCGAGUUGGAGAUUCAGAAAUCUUCCACGGCAUGAACAAAGAGGACUUUUCCAUGGCUGGUAAUGAGGCGCUCAGGGAUGGAACAGUUCGUUUGCAUGAUGGAUUUUCUGAAGAGUUUAUGGCCUGUGCAGCCCUUCAGAAUUGGCGCAUUUACGUCAUUUCAGUCAACUGGUCCUCCUCUUUCAUUCGCGGUGUCCUCUCUGGAUUCCCUAUCGACACAAUCAUAUCAAACGAGAUACGCUCCGAUGGCAUAAUUGUAGGACCAGGUAUCCUGGGCCCGCCAAGCAAAGAGACGGUGCUGGCGACUUGCCUGGAUAAAGCACACGCUCUUAAGGCACUAGUCGCGGAGCAGAAUUUGGAUAUUGAUAACGUCGUCUACUUCGGAGAUUCCGUAUCGGAUAUCGAAUGCUUGAUCUCUGUCAAAGGCAUCAUAAUGUCUAGCGGGCCCGACUCAAGCUUGAUCAAGACUCUCAAACGGACAGGUGUCACGGUACAACCGAUAACAUGCAUUGACAAGUCCGCAAAUUUGGUUUGGGCUUCAAACUAUCGAGAGAUCAUGUCAGUGGCACUCUUUCAGCCUGUGUGACAUCAGCCUGUGUGACAUCAGCCUCUUUGGAUGCCCACAUGGAUGGCCAACUUAUUAGCACUCCUUCAGUGCGUCGUUUCAUGACCAACGGACAAAGGCACCUCGGUUGAUUGCGCCAUUUAGAGUGGCUGUGCCUGGAUAUUCACUAGAACCUCAGAUUAAUAACAAAGGCCAUGUUGAUCCUUUG